AUGCAUUUCUUUGAGCAAGUUCAACAUCUUUCAGCUGCAGGUUACACCAGCCCCAAUAAGCCAUGUUCAUCGUAUUUCCUUAGAUCUAGCAUUGUUCCGGUGAUAAUUUAUGAGAAACCACAAGCGAUCAAUGUAAAAAAAGCAUUUGUGGAACUAUAUGCUAAUCAAAAUCAUUUUGAGAUUCUUCCGGUAGAGGCGCUUGAAGGUACGUUCGGUGAAAUGAAAUGGGCGUUGUGGAGGAGAAAUAUAGAGGAUGUUAUCGAUGAUGUGGUUGUUGAAAAGGACAAUGUAUGUUUCGAGAAACGAGUGAUUCUGAAACAAUUGAAAUUCACAGCUGAUCAAAGGCAUCUCAGGAAAUUCCUGGAGGAGGCGCUAGCAUUUUCGAAUGUGAAGCAGCACGAGAAUUUAGCACAAGUAAUUGCAAUAGCAUCACAUAACCGUUUUAGCGAUCCGGAACAACAAAUCGAUUUUCCACUAAUAUGUUAUUCUCAUGAUGGUUUCGGAAAUUUAAAAAAAUUUCUUAUCAGCUGUCGAAAUGGUCAAACAAAUGCUGAGUUUAAAAAUCCGAAUGGCAAUGGAAUACAAACACUUCGUGCGCAGGAACUUGUUUCGAUGGCCGUACAGAUAUUAAAUGGUGUAAUACAUUUGCAUAAUUUUGGCAUUAUCCAUAAAGAUGUUGCAACAAGAAAUUGUCUGGUAUCUAAAGUUCGUGAUCGUGAUAAUUUGUUUGUGCAAAUUUGUGAUUCUGCUUUAAGUAAGGAUUUCUUUCCUGAUGAUUAUCACUGUGUUGGUGAUAAUGAGAAUAGACCGAUGAAAUGGAUGGCACAUGAAUCACUGACUCAUAAUUCGUUUAGUAGUUCCACAGAUGUGUGGUCAUUCGGUGUAGCAUUGUGGGAAUUAUUGACAUGUGGACAGCAACCUUAUCCGGAGAUUGAUCCUGAUGAGAUGGUUACAAUCCUGGAACGUGGUAAACGAUUACCUCAACCGUAUAGUUGUCCAGAUGAACUAUACGGUCUAAUGUAUUGCUGUUGGCAACUUGAUUAUCGAGACCGUCCUACAACACAACAACUCCUGAUUGCUCUACGGGAAUUUAAUUUGCAACUUCUACAAUAUAUCUGA